AUGACAAUCCGUGUGGCCGCCGUACGCGCUCCGGAGCUCAUCUUUCUCACCGUGCUCCGGGUCAACUCCGGGUUUCUCUCCCACACGCACUGGGAACCGAGCUACGGAGCGAAGGAGAAGGAAUCGGACGUUUCGGAUGAUACAGAGUACGUGGUGGUGCCCCUGUCGGCGCAGCGUCCUACCUACUACAACCGCUACCCGUCGUCGUUCGAGGGCUUCGACGGAGUGAUCGAUACGGCCGACUUUGCCCCGGUCCCCGUCCGGCCCGUUUACUUCCCGUCGUACAAUCCGUUCUCGUGGCAUCUGACCGGAUACCUGGAUGAUAUCCUGAAGCGUAUGCGGGACCGCUUUGCCGGUUCGUGGAAUCCGUUCUUCAGCGGCAUUCCUUCGGCGGGCGAUUUCGUGCCUUCGGGUCCUGGCAUCUGGCCAGCCGACGGGAUUCCCGAUGAUUCGGCGGAAGAUGGCAACACCAACUCGACUUCCACCGUCAAGGUGAUCGACGGACACAAGGUUGUGAUCAACGAUACGUACUACACGAAGAAGACCGAGUUCGGUACCUCGAUCUUCAAGGUGCGCGUGAUCGACGUGAAGCCGGCCGGUGACGAUAGCAGCAGCAGCAGCGAGCCGACCGAAAAGCCCAAGGAAACGCCGACCGAGGUGGAAACGGGCAACCGGAACGGGGCGGACGAUGUAGAGAGGAAACCGGCCGUCCCGGCCACCGAGGCGCCGAAGCGCGACACGGAGCUGGAGUCGAGCGAUGAGGAGAAGACGACGGCCGACGACAACCUGAACACGAUCGACGCGGCCGAUGACAUCGAUGGCCCGAAGCCGAAGGAGUCGGAGGGGCCGGCUGACGGGAAGCCGGAGUCCUCCGCACAGUGGUCGGGACUGGAGUCGUUCGAGGCGGCCUCGAGGCCGCUGGAGAAUCUCAGUGCGUCUCCGGAAAUGGCCGCCGCCCAACGGAACCGUGACCAUAGUGAGCUACUCGAAUCGAGCUCGGAGGAAGAAACGGAGGAUGGCCCUUUGCUGGCGCAGCGGCCCCUGUCCGACGAGUGGCCCCAACCGUGGACGGCGGACGAUCGCAAACGGAUCAUCGUAUCGAACCGGGUCGACAAUCGGAUCAACGCGAACCAGCAGAAACCGAACCCGUCGCCCGGCGUGCACGACCUGACGAACGAUAUCGCCAUCAACUUCCGGUUGGCCACGGACAAAACCGUCACCACCAACCCGAACGCGAUCGUGUUCAAUCCGAACGAUCCACCGGCGGUCGUCGUACAGCAGGAUCCAUUCCCGUCGCCGGCGGGAGGACCGGUUUUCCUCGGUGGCGGUGGACGGCCCACGAUGGGCUUUCCGGCACAGCAGCCACCGGGAGGGGCCGGUUUCCUGCGUCCACCAUUCCCGGGAUUCCCCGGACCGUUCGGUGGAGGCCAGUUUCCGGUGCAACCGUUUCCGAUGCAGACGCCCAUUUUCGGCGUACCGACGGGGCCGCAGGGAGCGGGAACAAACUUUGGCGUACCGCAAAACCCGCAGGUGCCGCCAUUUUUCUUCGGCAACGGACCGUUCGGUCGCCCGUAACGGGCCGGCAGCCGUCGGAAAGCUUCACCACUUCUGCUAGCACAUAAGACACGUUUAUUUAUU